UUCCAUCCUUCACUACCAAUCUCACAUCUCUUGCAUACUAUCCAUCUAUGGAAAUUACAUGCAAGGAUCAUUUUCAUUGACCACUUUGGCUAAUCACUCAAAUCUUCAGCAUCUAUAUAUUUCACCGGAAAACAGUGGAGUUCUCAUUGAAACUGAAAAGACAAAGUGGUUUCCCAAAUUUCAAUUGAAGACACUCAUUCUUAGAAAUUGCAACCUAAACAUGGACGAAGGAAGUGUCAUUCCUACUUUUCUUUCAUAUCAAUAUAAUUUGGUAUUCUUGGACCUCUCCAGAAACAAUUUAGUUGGUUCAUUCCCAAGUUCGUUGAUAGAUAAUCAUAACAUGAAUUAUUUGGAUAUAUCAAACAACAAUUUGAGUGGUUUGCUUCCAAAAGAUAUUGGUAUAUUCCUUCCUAGUGUUACCUAUUUGAACAUUUCAUGGAAUAGCUUUGAAGGAAGUGAGUUACCUGAACAAUUGGCCACAGAGUUGAAUGAGUUACAAUACUUGAAGCUCUCCAACAACUUUCUCCGAGGGAAUAUUCCUAAAUUUUGUAAUUUAGCGAACUUGCUUUGGUUAUUGCUCAGUAAUAACAACUUUAGUGGAACACUUGAAGAUGUAUUGGGAAAUAAUACAAGAUUAACAAUGCUAUCCAUAUCCAAUAACUCAAUCACAGGCAAAAUUCCUAGUUCAAUUGGGAAGUUUUCUAACAUGGUUUCCCUUGUUAUGUCUGAAAAUCAAUUAGAAGGUGAGAUCCCUAUUGAGAUUUCCAACAUGUCCAGUCUUUAUAUUUUGGAUCUUUCUCAAAACAAGUUAGUUGGAGCAAUCCCAAAGUUAAGUGGUUUGACAGUUCUUAGGUUCUUGUAUUUGCAAAAGAAUAAUCUCCCUGGAUCAAUACCAUCUGAACUCUCUAAAGGCUCACAACUACAACUUCUAGAUUUGAGGGAGAACAAAUUUUCAGGUAAAAUUCCCCACUGGAUGGAUAACCUAUCAGAGUUACGUGUUCUUUUACUAGGAGGGAACAACUUGGAAGGAGAUAUUCCAAUUCAAUUGUGUCGGUUAAAAAAGAUCGACAUAAUGGACCUAUCACGGAACAUGCUCAAUGCUUCAAUACCAUCUUGCUUCCGAAAUAUGUCAUUUGGAAUGAGACAAUACGUUGAUGAUGAUGACGGUCCUACUUUUGAAUUCUCAAUAUCCGGAUAUCUACCAACAAUUUCCUUCAAUGCUAGUUUGUCGAUUCAACCUCCAUGGAGUUUGUUUAAUGAAGAUCUACAAUUUGAAGUGGAGUUCAGAACAAAGCACUAUGAAUACUUUUACAAGGGUAAAGUUCUAGAGAAUAUGACUGGAUUGGAUUUAUCAUGGAAUAACCUAACAGGUGUCAUCCCUUCUCAAAUUGGUCACCUUCAACCAGUUAGAGCCUUGAACCUAUCACAUAAUCACUUGUCUGGUCCUAUUCCAAUUACUUUUUCAAAUCUUACCCAAAUAGAAAGCCUUGACUUAUCAUACAAUAACUUGAGUGGUAAGAUACCUUAUGAACUAACCAAGUUGACCUCUUUAGAAAUAUUCAAUGUGUCAUACAACAACCUUUCUGGAACACCACCUAGUACAGGACAGUUUGCAACCUUCAUUGAGGACAGCUACAGAGGUAAUCCCGAUCUUUGUGGACCACUCCUCGACCGAAAGUGUGAAGGUGCCAAGUCUUCACCAUCAUCACAAUCCAAUGACAAUGAAGAAGAGGAAACAAAUGUGGACAUGAUAACAUUUUAUUGGAGUUUCACACCAUCUUACAUAACAAUACUACUGACCUUCAUAACAGUGUUGCAUCAAUCCACGUUGGCGUUUGGCCUGGUUUUAUUACAUUAGUAAGUUUGUAGGUAUCUUUUUUCCAACUUUUCCAUUGUAUUAAAGAGUGUCCGUAGUACCUGUUGAAACUUUAUGUGGAGUCUCAAAUAUUUGGGUAUUGUAAUUUUUAUAUUUAACUUUAAUUUCAGACAGUUUGAUGCUGAGACAUUUGAUUUUAAGCUCCUUUUAUUUUUUUUAUUGUU